AUGGAUAAUACUAAUGCUAGAUCAAAAUCAAUCGGUUUUAAUCAUGUAUCUGUAACAAAAGUUAAAAAAACUACUGGAUAUGUUGCUCCAGGAAUUUGGCCUGAUUGUACUGAUGCUUCUACAGUACAAAACACUACUGCGGCUCAACGUUCUGAUAUUGUCUAUGUUCCAAGAAAUGCUGAUUUUAUUGGUGCAUUUGCUAGUUCAGCUUGGCAUUCAUUAGCUACUAAUUCUGCAGCCGGUUGGUCCAUUGCAUCACGAGUUGAAUUAACACCAAGAUCUGAUAAUGGUCUUUAUAAUAAUGCACCUGUAGCAACUGUCAUGUCUCCUAUAAAUAUUCCUCAAUAUCAACCAACAGCUAUUCAUACACCAGUAGGAGAUGACGAUGGAGAUACAUUGCGUGGUCGAUGGUCAAGUGGUACGACUGAAUGUGGAGAUGUUUGUCCACCUGGAUCUUUACCAAGUGGUACUUUAAUCUUUCCAAAUUGUACAAUUAUCAUUACUGGUACUAAUGUGGAUGAUUGUCUCUCCUUUUAUUCAUCGAUUGAAGAAUUUAUCAGUCCAUCAAGUGCAACACCACUUAGUUCAAUACCUGUUCAGUUUCUUAUUCAUGUUGUCGCUCCACCAUCAUGUUCCAUAUUACCACAAGUUUAUGAACUUUCUCAACAAUCAUGUAUACCAAUAACUGCUGGUCAAACAUUUACAUCAUGUUUAAUUGCGAUUAAUGAUUGUGACGCUUCUGUUAGUAUUAUUGAUAUUUCAACAUUGUCAUUUGCUGAAAUGGAUAAAAGUAAUAUUAUUAAACAAGAUUCAAUGACUUAUUAUAAAAUUCUCUCAUGA